GUGACGAGUAGUUCUGCCCAACGAUGGGUCUUGUUUCGACGCCACCGGAGCCUGAAUUAUUUGUGAAUAUUGGUCUCUCGUGGGACCUUCUUGGACGCGAGGCCUGGUGCUUCCAGCAGGGCCCGUCCAGCCGUGUGUAGAAGACCUGCCUUCCCGUCAGACCAAAAUAGAAUGACUGGAUGAAAUGGCCGCAGGCCCAAGUCGUGCGUAGAUCAUCGUCCAGGAAAAGAGGCCUAGCACGGCUCUAGGCAGCUGAAGAGCCCCCCUGGCCCCUUCCCUGCACCAUUUUCUAAUGGAAAUCUGAGUGUUCCAAUCGCGUGGGGCUGACGAUGGUUAAUUGUAAUGAAUGACGAAUGAAAAAAGUGUACAUCAUGGGCACAGACCAACAACAAUUUUGCCUACGAUGGCACAGCUAUCAGAGUAAUUUAAUGGCCACACUGCCACAAUUGUUAGAUGGAGACCACUUGACAGACGUUACUUUGUCUGCUCAGGGCCGCAACAUACGGGCACAUAAAGUUAUCUUAGCAGCAUGCAGUCAUUAUUUCAAGGAACUUUUUAAGGAACUACAACCUCUCCAACAUCCUGUGAUAGUUCUUCCAGGCAUGAAUUUUGCCGAUCUGGCAGCCCUUGUCACAUUUAUGUACAGUGGUGAAGUCAAUAUCUACCAACACCAAUUAUCUGGUUUACUCACAAUGGCUGAUGUCUUGCAUAUCCGUGGUCUUUCUGAAGUUGGUUCAGAGGCUGGAAAUGCAGGGAUGGACAGUUUGGCUCCGCCACCCAUAUCCUCAAAGCGAGAUCAAAAGAGUCCUGCAAAAAGAAUAAAACUGUCUGCUUCUCCAACUCAUAUUACUAGUCCUCCUCUUGACCGAGACCAAGCAGCUGAUAAGAGGUCCAAAGAGAACGCAUUGGAUUUUGCACUUUAUGGCAAGCGCCCUUGGGUUGCUCUAGAUCCAAAUCUGUACACUAAUGGCAUCAACCCUCAAGAUGUGGCUGAAAAUCUUGCCCCUCUUGAUUCAAAGAUAAAUGCUAGUCAGUCUCAAUCCUUGACUGAGAAAAUGACCAAUGUCUUUAAUCAGAAGAUUGGGUCAAAAAAGUCUCUGGAAAGAUUGAGAAACUCUUUAGAAGAUCAAGUGUUUUCCUCUGUGAGUCAGAAAUCAGGAAGCCCAAUAGGUGGCUUACAUAUGGCAGCUAAUGGCUUACUGCGUGUUAAGACUGAACAAGAGCUUGUGGGCUCUGCUGCAUCAGGUGAUGCUUUGAAAAGUGGUUCUGGGAAUGGGAAACAUACCAUGGAGAAGGAUGGUGAUGACCAAAAAGGAUUGGAAUCAUCACCUUCAAGGCUGUUCACUGAAAAUAUGGUUGUAGAAGACAAAGUGGAUUUGUCUGUGCCCCAAGGCCUAGAUCUCUCACAGGCCAUGUGGAGUAAUAGCAGCAGCAGCAACAGCACCAGUAACAACAGCCCCAGCAGUAAGUCUGCGUCUUCCAAUGCUGGUACCACAUCAACAGGUCACACUAAGCUGUAUGCAACGUGCUUUGUUUGUGGCAAGCAGCUGAGUAACCAGUACAAUCUGAGGGUUCACAUGGAAACCCACCAGAAUUGUCAGUAUGCAUGCUCUAUUUGUACUCAUGUGUCUCGAUCCAAAGAUGCUCUUCGUAAGCAUGUUGCUUACCGCCACCCAGCUCCAGUGGAUGGUAGUGGUAAUACUUCGGCAGCCCUUAAGCGAGAAGGAAAGAAGAAAGCAGAUCAAGCUGCAGCAGCAGCAGCCGCCGCCGCCGCCGCCGCCGCCUCAGCAGCUUCCACAGUUUCUGCAAAUGUGUCAUCGACAUCAGUAGUUGCAACAACUACAUCUGCUGCCACAACUAUGGCCAUUAGUACUACUGCUUCAAGCUCUGUUACAACGACUUCAACUAAUCCAGUUACAUCAUCCGAUAGUGCCUAGCAGCUCAGACAAAACUAAUACUAAAUUAUUAAGUGUGGCUCCCUUCCUCUCCUCAUGUUGAGGUUACACAUUUUUUUACCUAGCUUGCAUUAGAAAGGUAAGCUAAUCCCUUUUGUACCAGUUGUAUAGUGACCUCUGGAAUUACUUACUGGAAAGUCAGUAAGUAGCCCCUAAGUCAUGCAAACAACUUCAAAGUUGUUUUAUCCCUAAAGUAACAUUUUAAAGAUGUCUUGAAACAUGUGCAGUCUUGUGUGUACAGAUUUUUGUUUUAUGCUUGGAUUUGAUAGUUUUGACUAAGUUGUCGUGUACUUCGGCAUAUGUAGCCAACUGCUCAAUACUCCAAGGAUUUUACAUCCUUGAAAUGUAAUGUCAUUCUAUGAAAUGUUCAUUUCAUCAAAUUUUCAAAAUUUGUGUUGAUGGACAUACCGCUUUGGUUACACAUCUGAUGUUCUUGGAGAAAUCUCAUAUGACAUGUCAGUUACCAAAUUAAGGUUAGUUUCCUGUGAAAAAUGUUGUUGUGUUGUUAUUGUUUUAAAAUUACUGAUCUUGACCGUUUUUCUUUCAUUUUGUACUACAUUUCAUAGAAUGAGUUAACAUUUUAGCAUGUUGCUGCAAGUUGGAGGAUAAGUUGAAAUAUUAGUAUACGUAUGUGUGAAGAAACAGUACAAGGAAAGUACAUUUUUAUUUGUCAAUGUAUAUAUGUUGGAAAAGUGUGCUAUGAUUUAAUGAGAUAUAUAUAUAUUUAAAGUUUGUUGUUAAAUGUUUUCGUUUCCUUCUUUUGUUGUUAACUUAGAUAUUAUGUAUUUUAACUGUUCUUUUUCAUUGCUCUUGUGAGCAGUGAAAAACUGUAACAUCACCAAAGUGUCCAUGUUAGGCUGACCUUUAAAAAUACAGCCGUACUGAACUAGUCGAAAACUCCAGUGCCUAGUUACCUUUUUAAGAAAUGAUUGUUUUCUCUUCAGAUUCAUCAGUUUUGGUGUUACUUUACCUUUAAAAUAUUGAGACUGACUUUGAAGCUUUUGAACCAAACUUAUCUUAUGCAAAUGAACUGCAUAUUCAAUGUGGCUAAGAAAGGCAGCACUUGUCACUGUUCUGUUCUCUUUUCUUGUGGGAAAACUUUUCUUUUCUUUUCCAUAAAAUGUGUCAUUCUUGACUGAAAAAAACUAUCUUUGCAGAGCACUCUGCAAACUGAACACUAGUCACAGUUUAAAUUUUGAACUUUGUUUUCCCUACUUUAUCUUUUGGUAAUGGGUCUCAGCAUAUCUUCAUGUCUUCUAAAACAAAAUUUUUCCUGCCUUCCUGCUAUUCUUCCAAUUAUCCCUUUUUUUUUGUUGAAUCGUAAAUCCACCAAUAUUUGUUACCAAUGCAAGGUAUAUUCUGUUGGUUUAUUAACAUAUAUGAUUAUGUAAGUAAAUUCAAUUUUUAAUUGAGUCAUGUGAUGCUAUUGCAUCUUUUUUAUGGUACAAAUACUAACUAAACCCAAAGUUCAAUUGAUAUCUGUCUCCCAUUGUAGUCAGUUAAGUACAUGUAGGAUGUAUGGUCUGUAAUUUUUCAGAAAAGUGAACUUACAACAUCCAGCUGUGAGGAAUUUUGUUCAGUGAAGCUCACAGGCUAGUGGCUGCUGAGUUUCAUGUGGCAGAAUCCUCUCACUGCUAAGUUAACCUACCUAAAUGUUCCACUUUGGUCCUAGGAUUGUGCCAUGUACUACGUUAAUUACCAAAGUCUGACCACUGUGCCUUUUGAAAUACUUACUUGUAAUGUUGAUGCUGAAAAGAAUUGAAACUGAAAAAGCUAAUCAGGUAAUUGUUUUCAAGUAUCUACCACUUAAUUUGUGAUAUAUCAAUAUUAAUCAGUUCCUAUAAGAUUUUGGUCUCUUUUUUUUUCCUUUUUUUUUUCUUGGGAAAUUUUACUUGAAAAGUAAGAAUUUCAUGCUAAGAGCUCAAUUGUUUAUCACAAAAUGUUUAUCAACUUUACCAAAUGUGCCUUUUUCAUGUUAAUCUUCGAAUUCUAUGAAUGUUAUGUCAGAUUCAAAGUUCUACCAAUAUAUUUAAUAUUUGACAUUUACUCUAAACUGAACUGUGCCAUUAAAGCAAGGAGCUUUGACCUUCACAAUUUGUCAUUUUGUUGUUGACUUUGUUCCUGUUGCUAUUUUUUGUAGCAAAAUUGCAAGAAGCAUUACUACAGCUUACUUCUCAUAUAUUUUUACUGUGCUUUGAGCCAAAAAUUUGUCAAAACAUUCAGUAAAAAUAUUAAGAUUUUGAUUAUUGUAGAACCAUUGGAACCAUCAUGGGCACCUUUUAAAAUUUGUGAUUUUUCACUGUGUAUUGUCAAUAUCCUAUUUUCUUAUGGUGUUAUGUAGUUAACAUGGACCAACGAAUUUGAUGUUAAGUUUUAUUUUCCUCUUGCACUAUAUUAGUUACUAUAUAUUUCUUUGUGAAUAAGUUUUUAUUGAGGUUGAGAAAAGUUAUAGUAGAAAGGAUACUAUUUCUAACCAAAAUACACCCUGUUACCAUUUCUAAAUUGUUUAUGACUGUUUUGUCUUAAAUGUUUCAGAGUAUACUUUAUUUUCACUUCUGUUGAACCUCAGUCACUUCUCUUCUCUUUCUGUUUUCCUUUUUCUUUUUUUAGUUUUGUUUGGAUUGAAAUCUGCUUUCUAGUGGGUGGUCUUAAUUGACAUUAAGUCAAAAAAAUAAAAACAACUCUGUUGGUAUCUUUUCAAAAUUUAUUAUUUUUUCCACAUUGUACUUACAGGUAAGCUCCAAAUUUACUUAAACUUAAGAUCUGGACAGCUUCCUAGAAUACUUUCUGUGUACUACUGAAGUUAAGGUGUGAUUUUGACUUUUAGCUAUGAAAUCAGUAAAAACUGAUCCUCCAUUCAGUUGGUUCAAAUCUUAUCGUCCCUUGUCCAGUCUGGAAUUAUUCCCGAUUGUCUUAAUGGAAACUUUUCUCAUAGAGUUCUGGUGAAAGUAAUUGUGCGCUGCAUUGACAUAAUUUCUGGAGCCCCCGUGUAAGCUGGUGUGGUGGGCCACCUUAUUGCUUCAAAGUCUAUCCUGUGUAUAAUUUGUCACUUGUCUUCAUUGUUACUUGUUAAGUAAGCUUUUACUUUUAUGAUUUUGUUGUAGAUUUUAUGGGGUUUGGGCUUUAUCUGUCUUAAAGUGUUUGCUGUAGAAUUGCCAUGAAAAUUUGUGUUUUGUUCCAUCCAAAGAUAUGGUGAAUGGGUGCUCUGAUGAGAUGGAGGGUUGCUGAGUUGGAAUGAGGGGUUCACAUGAAAAGCCAAAGUAAUCUUUUUCUCAGUUCUUUUCUCCCAACUUUUUUUAAAAAUUGAGUUUGCAUUCCAUUUUUUUACCACAGAUGGGCAGCAACUUAAUAACAUUAUACAACUCAAUGAAAAUGAUUCAGUUUGAUAAUUUGAAGGUAACUUUUCUUUCACUUUGUUGAAUGUUACAUUCAGAUGUCCUGGAGAACCAUGGCUUUUAUGUUUGAUUUUGCCAACUGCAACUGAGAAUAGGGGUGCAAUAAUUCUUUUGGUUUAUUUGUCCGUGUCAUCUUCCGUUAAAUCUUUCCUAUUGUCUUGGUGCAUGAUUUGAACACUUCAGUAUGUACAGUUCAUCUCUUUUGUAGCUAUGUAUGGGUGCGAAUUGUGUGUCCAUUGGUGAUAUGUGAAAGUUGUUUUAGUUAGUUUGUAUGCAUGUGUUCAAGGCAUAUCACGGUCACAGUGGUCACAGCACCUAGUUUACCCCAACCUUGUGCAAAAGUGGUAUCUUAUUUUGGAAGGAAGAAGUCUUGCUUUCAUGUAUAUUCGUGUGUGCAAAUAUUUUUAAUGUAACUGGUUUGUGUGCAUUAAUUUAACAUGACCUGGCAAUCUAACCGUCUCAAAGAAGUGCACGUGCUAGUGAUUUAAUUUUUUUCUUCUGUAGUGCAUUGUGUUGAGUACUUUGUGUUUGGUACUAUUGUAUGCAAUAUAUUCAUUCUGAUAUGCUUGGUUGCGUAAGCUUAAGUCAACAUUAGCUGAUCUCUUAGUCUUGUUACAUUUCCCUUCACUUCUGAGAACUCAUGGAGGAAUAGUUACUGUUUUCUUCUUAGUGUGGGUCUUUCAGUUUUGGUGAAGAACUUAAGCAUACUUUUUUAGCUUUUGAAGUAAAUUAAGCAUGUGCAAGUUUGGAAGAACACAACGGCAUCUUCAUAAUGUUAUUAAAGUAUAUAUAUAUGUAUAUGUAUGCAUGUAUGUAUACAUAUCAUAGUUUGUUUUUAGACAUUGACACAUGCUCUAUAGCAGUGUUUUGUACAUUUGAGGACCCAUGCUAGGGUUUUUUGUCGAGAAGGUACUUAAUCAUAUCAAUUUUGAAUGAUUUGUGCAGUGUUACCAAAUAGACCGCUCCACAUGCCGAUGUCAGUUCAAUUGCAUUCAAUUUUAUUUAUUGCUAUAUUUAUUGUGUCACUUCAAUGGAGAAACCAGCUUGACUGCUCCGGCUGUGGUAUUCAGGCUAGCCAAAGCCAGUUCCUUUUCUCCUAUUUGGUUCAUUGUGCAGUUCAUUCAUGAUGGUUUCCUGCAUUGUAAUUUUUGUUAUUAUUUAUUUAGGUUUGUGUUUGGUUGGUUUGAACUUUUGUAAGUAAUAGAGAUGUCACAAUGACACCGACUAGCGGCCAAAGCUUAGUGAGGAGACUAGUGUGUUAGCUGUGAUUAUGUUAUUGUAAUCCAUUCUGACCUUCCUCUCUUCCUUUUUUUUUUCUUUUUUUAAUUUUAGUUUAGUUUUAAAGAGCAGUAGGUUCGGUUCUUUUAUCAAAGCAGUUCCUCAUUUACCUCUUUUUUGGUUAAAACCCAAGCAAUUUGCAGCUAGUGAUACAACCCUCUCUGGGAUGCAUAAUAUCAACAAAAUAUGGCUGCAGUUGCAAGUUUGACAUUUUUUAUUGUCUGCCUGGCCUGCCUUCUUGACUCCACUAUAUUUUUUCCCCCUUUUUUGAAUCUGUUACUUUUGUGAGUGUUACCUAAAUAAUGAAGAAAAUUAGAUGCUUAAAAUUGUGGUUUUCUUACUUUUCUCAUGGCUUUGCAUUCAGGUGCAUGUGUUAAUGAGAAGUGAUACUACGACAGCUGUUUUAUGAAAGAAAGAAACAAUGUGACUCAAAGUUCAGAAUUUUUCAUAUCUAAUCAGAAAUUUCACAUGGCUACCAGCUCUGUCAAAACUUAAAUGCGGUGCUAAUUUUGUCUUGUUGGCCUUUAUUUUGUAAUGCUUGAAAUGAAACCUUCCUUGCGAAGAGAAUUUAAUCAACGUGGUACUUACGUAUUGCUUCUAUUUGAAUUGAGCAAAGACUUCAUCAGAUAUGUACUUAGUUUACCUUUUUAUCACAUUGUUAAAUAAGUAGUGAAAAUUUCUAUUUUAAUUUGUUUCUGUUUUAGUGUUAAAAAAAUUUGAGAAAAUUUAAAUCCAAUGUUGAUUUUGUCUUCAUUGUGCUAUUUUUGAGAUAUCCUGUAUGUUUUGGAUCAAGUGUCUUAUCUUCCAGAUGGGAUGAAAUUUUUUAAAUUGUACUGUCGUUUAAUGCUAGUAGUAAUUGUGAUUUAAUAUGCAAGGUCAGUUAUGGACAAUACUUGUUAUGGCAUUGUCUUACACUUUUCAUAUAUGCCUUUCAACAGUCUUGUUGAAGACUGAGUGAGUUGCCUGAAGCUCAUUUCUCAUGGUUCGUCUGAUUUAUGUUUGAGCUGUGUUUCAUUUACUGAGUGUUUUUCUUAAAAGCUUAACACAGCUAAAGGGGAACAAAUUUGUACCAAUAGGAUCCUAAUGAAAGAGCUUCUUAUUGUAUCAGGUGAAAUUCAGCUAAUGUGCCAAAAUAUCAUGUCAUGUGAUGUAAACAUGUGUUAUUUAGUCUUUGUAAGAUGCUUGAGAGCAUCUAAAAUCCUAAAUCCCAAAGUAAUGUAUGCCAAAAAUAAUACCAAACUUUGUCCAUUGAUUGCUUUUUUUUUUUUUCGAAGUGCUUCUAUUUUGGAAAAAAUUUCUUUUUUCUUUCUUCAUGGAAAAAACUGUGAUUGUCUGCCCAAUGUCGCAGGAAACAACAAGCAUUGCCACGGUCCAGAUUCCAUUUACUUAUUGAUUUCUUUUUUACUACAGAGUUUUGAUCACUUUACUUUCGACUGGGAGUGAAAUUAAGUGCCUUAAAAUUGACCUCUCUUCAGAAUUUAAGAUUGUUUUCUUUCCUUAAUAGGGCUUGUGCAGGGUCUUCAAUACAGAAAACUUAAUUUCUAAUAUUCUGUUGUCAUUGCUAUGAUUACAUGAAACUGAUAACCCAUGGGAUUCAUUAUGGUCUGUAAAGGAGGGCUUCCACAAGGGGUUUUGUCUACCCCAAAGAAAGUCUAACUCAUUAGCAGUUCAUGUGUCAUCCAGUAUAACCUAGUUCCUUCAGAUUACAGAAGGAACCUCUUCCUGAGAUAUCCCUCACAAUUCCUGACAUGCCUCCAAGGGAAACUAAUACACUAUGUAGGUAAUAUAAUGUUUUGUUUUCCUCAUAAAAGAGCAACUGUAAUCGACCUGCUGAUCACCGCCCAUUAGUAUGCUCGGUAUAAAACCCUUGUGAUUUUUUUUUCUUGUUUGUUUGGAUUGCUUUAAUGGUUAAAACUGUUUGGAAGUGUCUGUUAAUAAACAAAUGAAAUAA